AUGAACAACCACCCUCUCGACCAACUGGAUGCCCAUGUCCCUGACAAUGACAGCUCCAACACCACUCAACCUCCUCUCAGGAAGCGCGAUAAAUUUCGCAAGUUCUUUGGCAUCCCCAAAUCCUUGGCCAAGGUCAAGACCAAGUCGUCGACUCAGUCGUUGGACUCUCAGGAUCCCUCCCAUCAGUCAACUCGAUCAUUUGGUGCCUCUCAGGUCGACGACAGUUGGGACAACCUUUUGCCAAUUGCGCAGACUGAGGACCUUCUCCGCUCAGUCAUCUUCCCGGAGAACGUCGCCAAACCUGCUGUCAAGACUUCAUUGCCAGGUCUCCAGGAGCGCAUCGAAAGGACUGAGCAAUUGCUCUAUUGCAACAUUCUGCUUCACCAAGAUUCGGUCAUCUCUUCGGACAGCACCAAGGACUCGACCAAGGUUGCUGAGAUCGUCGCUCUCGGACCUAUUCUGCAGAGGGAGCCCUAUCGCAAGCUGCUGUCGUCAUUCAUCGCCGACUUUGACGAUUCUCUCAUUUUGGACGUCAACCUGCUCCAAGGUCUUGUCCAGCUGGUCCAGUCUGCCUCGCCUGGGUAUUUGGUAUCCGACGACUUGAUCAAGGUCCUCAGCCUCCUCAGGACCCAUUUGGAGGACACGCACCAGCACUCGUCUGAGCACCUUUGCCACCUCACACUGGCUGUCUCCAUGAUCUUCGAUAUCAUGGCUGACCACAAGGUGAAGGAUUUGGACCGAGUCAUAGAGCACGAGCCAUUGUCUGCCGUUCUGUCAGGACUGAGGGACAGCUCUGAUCCCUAUUUGAUGUAUCAGGCUUGCUACGCCUUCCAAGCGCUUCAGUAUGUCCCUGAUGAUGAAACUGUUCUGCAGGCAGUAUUGAGGCAUUCGACCGGAGUUGUGGAUGGCUUGAUCAAGAUCAUAAGUGUCCUCAAGUUGGAUUUGGGGUCGGUUCUGGAAGGAUUGGAAAAGUUGCAAGAGGUGGCCGUCAGUGCGAUUGGGGUGGCCGCUACUGUUUAUGAUGGCGUGAGAUCAUUGCGUGAAAGCGGUCGAGGGGUUUUGGAAAGUCUGAAGGAAGGGUUUGGGUCUGGUCAGAAGAGGCCAUGGUAUCCUGCCAUCCGCGCCGCGUAUGCCUUUGUGCAAGCCGGUCAGUUGAAGGAUCUGAAACAGCUGAUCUAUGAGGCACCCUGUCGCCAGGAUCCUUUGUUCCAGUGGGGCAUCUGCCAACUGCUGGGCGAGAUUGCGGUCGACACUGUAUGGGCUGUUGCCAUACGCCAGCAAGCCAUUGACCUUCUUGGUCAUCUCUACAAGGAGGAUCAGGAAUGGGGUCAUGAUAAGAACGUCAAAGCAUGGAUGCUGACCAUUGUCGGCACGUUGGGAUCCUCACCCGACGAAGCCGUCAACAACCGUGCCGUUGCUUUGUUCCAGAAACUCGACUUGGACAACACUCCCAGGACUCAGCGGCCUUACCCAUUGAGAUCCCAUCUCCCUAUCCCGGAAUCGUCUCUGAUCCUUGACAAGGUCCAGAAGAUCCCCUACUUGGAGUAUGAACUCUACAAACUCCGAAUGAGGCGACUCGACGAUGCCAAACUGUCCAUCUAUAUCUCUCCAAUGGCCAAGGCCAACCUUCAAGCCCAGGACAACGAGGUCUUCCCGCUCAUGGAAAAGAUGCAGGAAUUCUUGACCAGUGGCCGCCAAGUUAUGUUGAUCCUGGGAGAUUCUGGGGCUGGCAAAUCGACCUUCAACAAACAUCUCGAGCAUCGACUUUGGACAGAGUACAAGCGCGGCGGGCCUAUUCCGCUCUUCAUCAACCUCCCAGCUCUCGAGAGACCGGUCAAGGAUCUGAUGGGUGAGCAAUUGAGGGAGCACAAUUUCUCAGAGGAGCAGAUCCAAGAGCUGAAGCAACAUCGGCAGUUCAUUGUUAUUUGCGAUGGGUACGACGAGAGCCAGCUCACCGUCAACAUCCACAACUCCAACAGCUUCAACACCUCUGGACAAUGGAGUGUCAAACUUGUCAUCAGUUGCAGGAGCCAAUACCUUGGCCAAGACUACUGCGACCGGUUUCUACCCCAUGGAGGUGGUCACUACAACCGCCCUGGCGUCAAUCUUUUCCAAGAGGCCGUGAUCACCCCUUUUUCGGCAGAGCAGAUCAAGGACUAUGUCGAGCAAUAUGUUCCCCUCGAGCCAAGGACCUGGCGCACAGAGGACUACAUGAACAAGCUGACGACCAUCCCUAACCUCAUAGACCUGGUCAAGAACCCAUUUCUACUCUCACUCGCGUUGGAGGCACUGCCUGGGGUCGUUGAGGACAAGCAGGAUCUGUCGACUAUCAAAAUCACCCGUGCUCAGCUCUACGACACUUUCGUGGAGCACUGGAGCAAUGUCAAUAAGCGACGACUUCAGAGCAACACGUUGUCAAUGGCAGAUCGCAUUAUAUUCGACGAACUUCUGGACAUGGGAUUUGUUUCCAAGAGCAUUGAAUAUUCCACGAGGCUGGCGCUGGCGAUCUUCGAGAAGCAGGAAGGGAACCCGAUUGUCCAGUAUGUUCACGAAAAGACCUCGUGGAAAGCUCGGUUCUUUGGACAGGAUGCAGAAGCCCGGAUCCUACGAGAUUCGAGCCCUUUGACCCGCACCGGCAACCUGCACCGAUUCCUUCAUCGGUCCAUGCUCGAGUACUUUCUGUCGCGCGCCAUCUUUGACCCCAGUAAGCGGCAAGACCACGAUGAAUCAACUCAGCAGACGGAUUCUGCUUUGUCGGACGACCAGUUGAUCGAUACCGACGGCCCUUUGUUCACUAGGAACCUUCUCAUUGAGCCCUCUGUGGUCCAGUUCCUGAGCGAUCGCGUAAAGCAAGUCACCUGGUUUAAGCGACAUCUCCUGGCAGUCGUCGAGUUGUCCAAGUCGGACGCCCAAGCGAGCCAAGCUGCUGCUAACGCCAUUACGAUUCUGAUCCGAGCCGGUGUACGAUUCAAUGGCGUCGAUCUUCGAGGCAUUCGCAUUCCAGGGGCGGAUCUUACCGGUGGGCAGUUUGGCUCUGCACAACUACAGGAUGCCGACUUGACAUGUGUCAAUCUCUCCAAGGCAUGGAUUCGACAGGCAGAUCUCAGCCGUGCACGCAUGGAUGGGACUCGAUUUGGAGAACUGCCGUACUUGGAGGAUCUGGAAGAGGUCCAGUCAUGUGCCUUUUCGCCAGACGGCAAGUUUCUCGCGGCAGGUCUGGGCAACGGCAACAUCAGCAUCUACAAUACUGCAACCUGGACAAGGAUUCAAGUGUUUCAAGGGCACAAAGACCGCGUGACAAGUCUGGCUUACUCGCCGAACAGCCAACAACUUCUUUCUGGCAGUUGGGACAGAACAGCACGGCUUUGGAACAGUGAGACUGGAUCAACAGAUUUCAUUUUGCAGGGACACUCAAACACGGUAGAUGCAGUGGCGUUCUCUUCAACAGGCCAGCAGGUUGCAACGGCCAGUCCCGACAAGUCAAUGAGGCUCUGGGACGCUCGAACCGGUGCUGCUGUUUUCGUUUUGACCAACAGCGCUGGCAGGGUUACCAGCAUUGCCUAUUCGCCGGAUGGAAACACCAUUGCCGCCGGCUGGGAUGAGAUGAUCCGAAUUUUCGACACACUCACUGGAUUGCUUGUGUUGGAGUCUUGCAAGGGCGCCGAUCGGAUUAUGUGUCUGGCAUAUUCACAUGACGGUCAGCGAAUCGCUACGGGCUCUUUUAAUGGCCGUUUGCAAUUGUGGGAGUCAGCAGCGAUCACCCCGAGGCCCGGAUGGACAUGGACGGCACACGCGUAUUUCAUCACAAGUAUCGCCUUUUCACCCGACGACCGUUGGAUCGCCUCAUCCAGUCGGGACCAUACAGUAAAGCUGUGGGACUCUCGUUCCGGCUUACUCAUCUCAUCAUUUGUCAGUCAUAUGGAUUGUGUCAACUGCGUUCGGUUUUCACCAAGUGGCCCGUAUAUCGCCUCAGCAAGUGACGACAAGACUCUGCGUCUGUGGGACGUGAACUCUUCAAGCCUAGGACUCGACUCUCACGAUUUGCUAGACGAACAGUUAUGUGCGACCUACUCUCCGGACGGACGGCAGCUCAUCACUGGCAGUCGACAGAGACCCAUGCGACAAUUCAACGUGGAUUCUGGAAACGUCGACUUUGUUUUUCCUGAUCACCUGCACAAUACAGACUGCAUUGCAUUCUCCCCAGAUGGUCUCCAGAUAGCCAUCGGCGGCUUUGCGCAGGAAGUGACUCUAUGGAGCGUUGAAUCCCGCGCUGUCUCCUUUGUUCUUCGUGGGCACACGUCCCACGUGCGGUCUGCGGCCUUCUCACCUUGCGGUCGCUGGCUUGCUUCUGGUGGUGACGACUGCUCGGUGCGUCUUUGGAAUACUCGUUCAGGAGAAGCCGGUCGUGUAUUGAUUAGCCACUCGGGAUGGGUACAGAGUGUUGUGUUUUCCCCGGAUGGUUGCCGGAUUGUGUCGGGAUGCGGAUUUGGACAUAUCCAACUCUGGGAUGUCAGCGCUGGCGAACUCAAGGCAGAUAAGACGGUCCGUUAUGGUUACCGUAUGAAUGUUGUUGCUUAUAAACCCAACUGUUUCCAGGUCGCCUCCUGCCAUGGAGACGGAACCAUUAUAUUAUGGGACGACGACCAGCAACUCCAAGGUUUCCGAUAUAUCGUGGAGCAGGACCAGGAGUGCUACAAAUUUGCGUUCUCAUCCUGCGGCCAGUGGGUAGCAACAACCCACGACACCAGUGUUCGACUCUGGAGGCUGCCAUCCCCGGAUCAGGAUCAGAAAACGCUACCGUUGCAGGAUCAGGAAGCGCUACCGUUGCAGGAUCAGGAUUGUGUGUCGGUCUUCGAGGGGUUCACAGGAGAUGUCAGGGACAUUGUUUGGAGACCCAACAAAUUAGAGUUUGCGACGGCAAGUGAGGAAGGAUCGAUUCGCGCCUGGCGGGUGGUGGAGGAUAGUAAUGGGCCAGGAAGAGUGUCUAUUCGUCUGUUGUGGUCUUCUGGACCAGCUGUCCUCGCCGCAUCGGGUGCCGUGCUUAAUGAUACCAUCGGUCUUAGUGCCAUCAAUCGCAAGCUGCUCGAACAACGCGGAGCAACUGGAUCGUCAUUAGCCAACUAG